AUGGAGAAGCAAGGCGUGAAAAUGAGAGGAUGCUUGAUACCCAAUAUCAAUGAAAAAUGUGAGACUGCAAUUCCUUUGUUAAUAAUGCUUGUCGAAGCACUUGAUAAUCACUUGACUGCUAUCCAAAGGGACCAUGAACUCAGGUCCCAGAUAGAAGAAAGGAAAAUAAUAAGUGAUGCGGCUUAUGAAGGGGCCAAAAGAAAAGAGAAAGAUCUCCUGGAAGAAAAACUCCGCCAAGAAAAAGCCAAAGUAGAAGUUGAGGCAAAACUCAGAGCUGAAGAAGCAAAUAGGGCUGCAAUGGAAGCUCAGAGAAGAGAAGAAAAAGAGGCUGCUGAAAGGGAGGCCAAUGAAGCAUCAAGUCAGGCUGCUGUUCAGAAGGAAGCUUUAGGAUUGCAAACUAAAGCCAAAACCAAGGAAUCUGAAUUUGAAAAACCAAUAAAUUCAGCAUCAGCAGGUGACAUUACUAAAGCUGCAGAAGCUGCACUAAAGUUGGAGCGUGAAAGAUUAAAAAAGUUGGAAGACUUGGAUGAAGGAAACAAGGCAUUAGGAUUGAAUGUAAAUAAGGAGGUUUCUACUGGUGUGAAAAAGUUAUUGAGGGAAUCCUCUGGCCAGUACAGCGACUUCAGUAUUCUUUUCUCUUUAAAUUCUCAGGUUCAGAUCACUUCCAGGACUUGUCAACCAGACCCAAAGGGAUAUCAUAGAAUGUGA